AUGAACGCCGUACUGUUCAUUACGGUGGUAACAGUUGCUUUGCUCUCUGCAUACUCAUCACAGGUAAGGAGCAGUGACCGCCGCAGGGAAGCGGAACAUGGUGCCGAAGCACGAGGAUACAUCUGGGAAACCGAAUGGACCCAGGGUAAACUGGAGGCGUCGGUGCAGUUUAAAAAUAAAAAACCAAAGUUUGAUUUUACUGAGCCUGUAACCGAGCAGGGUUGCUUGAAAACUGUGGAGUCCAAUCCACCAAAGAAGACAGUGCAUUUAAUCCUACUGGAGCCGAAAGAACAACACCGAAUUCGUGGCCAUGGCUGGAUUCGUGUGAACGAGACUGCAGAAGUGGACUAUAUUGCAAGAUACCGUACACAAAUAAGUGGCUGCUAG